AACCCUCACAAUGUGUAGCAUUUCAAUAUACUUAUUCUUGUUGAUCAGUAGAUUCGGUUGAGACAAUGAACCUGUUGUUACGGCCCUGGGUGUGUAUUUACCUGUGUGACUCAGGUACCACACACCUGAGAUAAGCUCGUGAUUUCAGGAUUUUGCUGCUGUAACCGGCAUUCUAAGUUUCAUCAUCAUACUCAUGUGGUCUAUAUAGUUAGGCUCCACCCUUUAUCCUAAGGCCACGCCCCUUCACCCCUUCCAUUUUCUUUGCUCCUUGUGUGGUCUUUUGUUGGUAGGAGGUGCCUAGUGCCACAAAGCUCCGCCCCUGCCUCGCUCCUAUUGGCUGUGCCUUUUAGUUGCCCUGUGGUGACAGGCUGCAUCCUGCACCUCAAGGCCCCGCCCCCAUGCCUCUCCAACUGACUCCGCCCCUUGGUGGAUUUUACAGUACAUUUCUGGGAUGUUACAUAGCUCAGUGGUCAGUAAAGCAGCCCCUCGAGAGUCGGACCUGCUGGUGUUCAGAAAGCCCACAAACAGAACCAGGGGACCAAGUGUCUCAGGUGUAUUUAAAGGAUUUUCAGGUGUCCUGCAGGUGUGUGUCUGACGUUUACAACAUUGUGCAUCAUAACUGCGGUACUUCACCUCUCUGUUACGGGUGCCCUGGCGCAAGCAGCCUCAAAAUGUUGGCCACCUGCACACGUGUCUGCAGGUACCCUGGCUUCAAGAGCUCCGCCUCCAAAUGUGCAUCGAAAGUUCCCUGGUUGGGGUCUCGGUUGCUGCGGUGCUGGAGUCAUGCUCUCUACACAUACUCCCAGGGCAAGCCCUUUGGCCACCGGGGGGAGCUGGGGCAGGCCAAGCGCAUCGUGGUAAAGCUGGGCAGUGCCGUGGUGACCCGGGGGGAUGAGUGUGGCCUCGCUCUUGGGCGGCUGGCCUCCAUCGUUGAGCAGGUGGCAGUUCUGCAGAACCAGGGUAGGGAGAUGAUGAUCGUGACAAGCGGCGCCGUGGCCUUCGGGAAGCAAAGGCUCCGCCACGAAAUCCUGCUUUCCCAGAGUGUGCGUCAGGCGCUGCAUUCAGGCCAGAACACGCUCAAAGACAUGUCGGUUCCGGUGCUGGAGGCUCGGGCGUGCGCUGCCGCUGGUCAAAGUGGACUGAUGGCGCUCUACGAAGCCAUGUUCUCUCAGUACAGCACUUGCACCGCCCAGAUCCUGGUGACCAACCUGGACUUCCACGACGAGCAGAAGCGGCGCAACCUGAACAGCACGUUGCAGGAGCUCCUGCGCAUGAACAUCGUUCCCAUCAUCAACACCAAUGACGCUGUGGUGCCUCCGCCAGAGCCCAACAGCGAUCUUCAGGGGGUCAUCAGCAUCAAGGACAACGACAGCUUGGCGGCCCGCCUGGCCGUGGAGAUGAGGGCCGACCUCCUCAUCGCUCUCUCUGAUGUGGAAGGUCUCUAUGACAGCCCUCCAGGGACAGAUGACGCCAAACUCAUUGACACUUUCUACCCCGGCGACCAGCAGUCCAUCACCUUUGGGACAAAGUCUAGGGUGGGAAUCGGAGGCAUGGAGGCCAAGGUGAAGGCUGCCUUGUGGGCCCUGCAGGGGGGCACAUCCGUCGUCAUCGCCAACGGGACAAACCCCAAGGUCACGGGCCACGUCAUCACUGACAUCGUGGACGGGAAAAAGGUGGGGACUUUCUUCUCGGAGGUGAAGCCCGCGGGUCCCACGGUGGAACAGCAGGCGGAGAUGGCCAGAAAUGGAGGGCGGAGCCUGGCUGGAUUGCUCUCGGAGCAGAGAGGGGAGAUCAUCUACCUUCUGGCUGACCUCCUGACCGAGCGUAAGGAUGAGAUCCUCGCUGCCAAUAAGAAGGACAUGGACCUGGCCAUCAGCACAGGAUGCCUCUCGCAGGCUCUGCUGAAACGGCUAAGCCUCUCCCCGGCAAAGCUCAACAGCCUGACCAUUGGCCUGCGGCAGAUCUCCGUGGCAUCCCAGGGUAGCGUGGGCCGCGUGGUGCGUCACACGCGGGUCGCUAGCGGCCUGGAGCUCGAGCAGAUCACGAUGCCCAUCGGUGUGCUACUCGUCAUCUUCGAGUCCCGCCCAGACUGCCUCUUGCAGGUGUCUGCUUUGGCCAUCGCCAGUGGUAACGGCCUGCUGCUGAAGGGCGGGAAGGAGGCGGUCAACACCAACACCAUUCUGCACCAGCUGACCCAGGAGGCACUGUCCGUCCAUGGGGUUAGGGAUGCAGUGCAGCUGGUGAGUACGUGCGAAGGGGUGCAGGACCUCUGCCGGCUGGACAAGAUGAUCGACCUGAUCAUCCCUCGGGGCUCCUCCCAGCUGGUGCGGGACAUCCAGCGCGCGACACAAGGCAUCCCCGUGCUGGGCCACAGCGAGGGUAUCUGCCACAUUUACGUGGAUGCCCAAGCCAGCAUCGACAAGGUGGUCAAGAUCGUGAGGGACUCCAAAUGCGACUACCCAGCAGCCUGCAACGCCAUGGAGACGCUGCUCGUGCACAAGGACCUGCUGAGGAGCCCCCUGUUUGACCAGAUUGUCGACAUGCUAAGGGUGGAGGGGGUGAAGGUCCAUGCUGGGCCACGCUUUGCCUCCUACCUGACUUUCAGCCCGUCGGAGGCCAAGUCGUUGUGCACGGAGUACAGCGACCUGCAGUGCUGCAUCGAGGUGGUGGACGGCCUGCAGGGGGCCGUGGAGCACAUCCACAAGUUCGGCAGCUCACACACAGAUGUCAUCGUUACGGAGGACAAGGAGACUGCGGAGCAGUUCCUGCAGCAAGUGGACAGCGCCUGUGUCUUCUGGAACGCGAGCUCACGUUUCGCUGAUGGCUACCGCUUCGGCCUUGGAGCUGAAGUGGGCAUCAGUACAGCCCGGAUCCACGCGCGGGGUCCCGUUGGCCUCGAGGGGCUGCUGACCACCAAGUGGGUGCUACGGGGCAACGGACACUCCGUGAGGGACUUCUCUGAACAGGGGGGCAUGGAGUAUCUGCAUGAGAUUAUUCCCAUCCAGCAGCCCCUUCCUGAGCAGAGGAGCACCAAUUAGCCCCACCCUGAGAUGGCUCAGCCCCUGACAGGCUCCGCCUCCAGCUGUCUCCCAGAGAGGAAACUGAAAACAAGUUAGACUGAAACAGUGGGAGCCCAGGGAGUUACCCAACUGACCCCCAGUUUAGACCCUACCUCCAGUACAGGAAUAAAAUUUCACGCACACAAAGCCAUCACUUGCUGGACCAAACUCUCUGACAGGUAGCAUCUGAGUAAAGGAAGGCGACAUGGACAUCGACCCAGGUGGCUUUACUUCACGUCUGUCCUUCUGGUUCAGUAGGAACCCACACACACACACACACACA